AUGGCACCGGAUAGCUCGGCACCAGCACUACUAUUCAUAUGCCAGUAUCACAUAUGGUUGGGCGCGGAUACUCACGGCAUACUAGUGCUGGUGCCGAGCUAUCCGGUGCUGAACGUCGUGAUCACGUCAUUCAUAUUCAUUUGCAUCGCUCACGAGAUUCACGAAUUGACACAUAAGAUGGUGAAAUACGCCAUACCCUCUGACUGGCGCUACACCACCAGAAAUAUUAUCAUAUUUUUGCUCUUUUUAAUACCCAUUGGUAUCAAAGACGGAAUGUUUUAGUCUGUGAUAUAAAUAUAUACGUAAAUAUAAAUAUAUUUUGUCUGUAUAUAUAUAUCUGUCGUCGAAAAACUAUAUAUGAAAUUAUGUUUUAAUUAUAAAAAGUUUAAUAAAUAAGUUUAUAAUUUAUUAGCGAAACACAUAUUUUACACACGAAAACAAAAGUGUUUAAACGAAUUCUGUUAUAAUUUCAGUGCCAAACAAAGUGCUGAAUAUAAUGAUCAUUAUUGGCAUUAAAAUAAUGCAGUAUUUGUUGAACGGAAUGUCAGGUAAAAACCAUUGCAAAUAAGUCUCGAUGUCUGCGUGACAUCAAAGCCUACGUUAAUGUGCCGUAACUCUCAUUUUGAUGUAAUUAAAUACUUUUAAAUACUCUUAUUUUUUCGAUCAAAUAAAACAAAAUAUUGUAAAAUUUAUUGCAAAUAUUGUGAGAUCUAAUACAGUAUGUGUUUUCAAUUGGAAAGUGAUUUAGUGGACAAAUAUCUAUUAAUUUUUGCAUAUAUUUUUGAUUUAACAUUACUGUUAAGGUUACCUGAGUUA